AUGACUCAUUUGUUGUCAUAUCUGACGGACAGCCGACAAAUGCGAGGAAGACAAUUGGUGAAGACUACCAUACUAACACACGCAGGCUGCGUUGACUUCAGUGACACGCUAGAGUGGUCAGCCCUGUCUUGGGGUCAGAACGACGCGCACGAGUUCUUAGCCCUAUUGGUCGACGCCAUUCACUCCGACCUCAACCGCGUGAGGGUUAAGAGAGCCAUCACUCGCACCACCGAUGAGAACGACAACCGAUUGGACGCCAACACUCUGGCCAUACAGUCGUGGAAUGAGUUCCAGAGGAAUAAUGACUCAAUUAUCACAGACCUCUUCUAUGGACAGUACGUGUCGUCCAUCCACUGCACUGUCUGUCCGAAAAUAUCUCUCAAAUUUGAUCCAUUCGUGUACCUAUCGCUUCCAAUCCCUAUAAAACACACUGACAUUCAUCUGACAGACUGUCUUCGCUUAUAUACAGCACCGGAAUAUCUUUCUCAUCCAAACUCAUGGUAUUGUCCCAAAUGUAAGACCAAUCGCGAGGCCCGCAAACAGAUUCACUUCUGGAGAUUACCACACAUUGUGAUCAUUCAAUUGAAGCGAUUCUGUUUUGACGUAAACUCGUGCCCCGAAAAGAUUACCGGAUUCGUGGACUUCCCUCUCUAUAACUUGGAUCUGAGCCCUUACUGUCUGAGCGACCCUUCCUUCUCAUCAUACGAUCUCUACGCUGUGGUCAACCAUUACGGCGAUGUGAAUGGCGGCCAUUACACCGCCUUUUGCAGGGACUCCAAC